GGGAGCAUCACUUAUGACGCAGAAUGACGUUGACAAGCAAAUAAAACACCACAUCACCUCGAUUUCUUUCCAGAUCUAAAUUGUGACUUCUAAAGCUAGAUUCGGGAUUCCGUAAUUUCAAUAUCUCAAUUUGAACAAACUGAUAUAUUGAUAACUAUAAACAUGGAUUACUUCCGAGUUGUGUCUGGUGGAUGUCGACUGAUGGUGAUAGUGUUUAUUGUGCUGACAUUGUACCAACCGUAUUGUCAAGGUAUAACUCCCGGCAGAGCCUCUGUUUCCUCAAAAAGCAGAAUUCGAAAAGUUAUUUCCAGUGUCAAACCUGUCACGAAAGGAAACGCCUCUUCACACAAAGUCAAACGACCGACGGAAACUAGUACAAUCCAUCGAACAAGAAUUGUUCCGUCCAAGCGUAUCACUUCCUGUCUGAAGUUACAAUGUCCGGUUGCCACGCCUAAGUCGUGUCGUUACCUCACUAUUGUUCUUUUAAGAGGCGGUAAACGGUGUCAUAAAUGCUCAAUUAAGCGAUCAAAGCGAUGUCAUGUUGCCAAACCAACUAAAAAGGUCAUCCCAAGAAAAGUAAAGACCACCUCAAAACCGUCUCGAAAUACUGCGGGAAAAUCAAGGAAACCUUCUGCUCGCAUAAAAGACGCCGUCAUUAGGACAAGGACAAGAGCAAAGCUGAACAAUUUCGAAGGUCGUUGGAUGAAAGGAUUUUCUAGUGAUUGAAGCCGAUCAUGAAUAUUAGCAAUCUUUUCUCUGGACUAAAUUUUAUUACAAAGUUUGCUACUUCCAUAUGUGAUAUUUGUUUUAAUAAAAAUCAGCAUGUUUAUUAUCAUAUAACAUUUACAGGUGUAGCAACCUUUGUAAUUUAAUAUCUUUCCGUGCAGAUUGCGUAUAAUUAUUAGUCGUUGAUCAGCUUAUAUUUAUGAUAUUAUAAUGGUUUAGAACUAAACCACCUGAAGAUAU